AAAUGGUCGUUCUGAAAGGUCAAAUGGAAUAUAAUGAACAAGUCCACAUUUUAAACAGUAAAAAACAGCACCUUCUUUGCUUCUUCACUAAUUCAAAAAUCAACCAAGAAGAUCCUCCAGAUUCUGGACGAAAUCUGUCGGAUCUUUCUUUCCAAACUGUCAGAUUUUCAAGAGGAUUUUCUGUAUCUCUCUGACUCCGAUGGCUUCCCAUUUAAAACCCACCCACCCUUUCUUCCCUUUCAUCAUCUUCUGCUCUUCUUCUUUUUCUUCCUCCUCCUCUGUUCCUGGUGUUAUUGCUUUUGAUAUUACAAGAGUUCAUCAAUCAUGGGUUUGUCUGCAGAGGCCCAAUUUCAUGUUCUGGCUGUUGAUGAUAGCGUUAUUGAUAGAAAGUUGAUUGAGAGACUUCUCAAGACUUCUUCAUACCAAGUUACUGCUGUUGAUUCUGGAAGUAAGGCUUUGGAAUUUUUGGGUUUGCAUGAUCAAGAUGAUCAAAUUGAUGCAGAUAUUCCCUCUCUGUCCCCAGAUAAUCAUCAACAGGAUGUAGAAGUAAAUUUGAUCAUUACAGAUUACUGUAUGCCAGGAAUGACAGGCUAUGAUCUUCUCAGAAAGAUUAAGGAAUCUCAUGUUCUUAAAGACAUACCAGUUGUUAUUAUGUCCUCAGAGAAUGAGCCAUCAAGGAUCAACAGAUGCUUGGAGGAAGGAGCAGAAGAGUUCUUUCUAAAACCAGUGCAAUUGUCAGAUGUGAACAAGCUUAAACCCCACAUGUUGAAGGGUAGGGCUAUGGAAGACCAAUCCAACAACAACAAGAGAAAGGUCAUGGAACAAACACAAACACCAGAGAGAACAAGAACAAAGUAUAAUGAUUUGGAAGUGACUUCAUGAUCAAUUGAUGUUGUUACUUUUUUUUUUUCAAGUAUAAUGUAGGACACUCAUCGACUUACAGAGGAUCGAUUGUCAACCGUUGAUAUAUGUGAAUCUCACCGUAGAUCAAACAUACAUCAGCUUCUAACAGUUGAAAAACCAAGCUUGUCACUAUAAUAUACCCAGAAGAUUUCUCUAUA